UGUUGGCAACUGGUAGUGUCAUAUGCGAUUUCAAUGUGCUUUUUCUGUAAGUGGCACAGGAUCUUUCAUGAGCCAGCUGGUUUAUUCCCAGCUGCUUAUGCAUGCUUGGCUGGUUUAUAAUGCAUUACUGUAUUUUCUUCAGAAAUCUUAAUGAAGUAGCUCACUGUGGAAGAAUCUGGACCCCUAGAUAAAAAUGGCUUUCCAUGUGGAAGGACUGAUUGCUAUCAUCGUGUUCUACCUUCUAAUAUUGCUGGUUGGAAUAUGGGCUGCCUGGAGAACCAAAAACAGUGGCAGCUCAGAAGAGCGCAGUGAGGCCAUCAUAGUUGGUGGCCGAGACAUUGGUCUGCUGGUGGGUGGAUUUACCAUGACAGCCACCUGGGUCGGAGGAGGUUACAUCAAUGGGACAGCUGAAGCAGUGUAUGUACCAGACUAUGGUCUAGCUUGGGCUCAGGCACCAAUUGGAUAUUCUCUGAGUCUGAUUUUAGGUGGUUUGUUCUUUGCAAAGCCUAUGCGUUCCAAAGGAUAUGUGACUAUGUUAGACCCGUUUCAGCAGAUCUAUGGAAAACGCAUGGGUGGGCUCCUAUUUAUUCCUGCGCUAAUGGGAGAAAUGUUUUGGGCUGCAGCCAUUUUCUCUGCCUUAGGAGCCACCAUCAGCGUGAUCAUUGACGUUGAUGUGCAAGCUUCUGUCAUUGUUUCUGCGCUCAUUGCCACUCUGUACACGCUGGUGGGUGGUCUGUACUCUGUGGCCUACACGGAUGUAGUCCAGCUUUUCUGCAUCUUCAUAGGCCUGUGGAUCAGUGUCCCCUUCGCCCUGUCACAUUCUGCAGUUGCUGACAUUGGGUACACUGCUCUGCACACCAAAUACCAAAAGCCUUGGCUGGGGACCAUUGAAUCAUUUGAAAUCUACACUUGGCUUGAUAGUUUUCUGUUGUUGAUGCUGGGUGGAAUCCCAUGGCAAGCCUACUUCCAGAGGGUCCUCUCUUCAUCCUCAGCCACCUAUGCUCAAGUGUUGUCAUUCCUGGCAGCUUUUGGGUGCCUGGUGAUGGCUUUACCAGCCAUACUCAUUGGGGCCAUUGGAGCAUCAACAGACUGGAACCAGACUACAUAUAAGCCUCUAGAUCCCAAGGACAACGAUGAAGCAGACAUGAUUUUACCAAUUGUUCUGAAGUACCUCUGCCCUGUGUACAUCUCUUUCUUUGGUCUCGGUGCAGUUUCUGCUGCUGUUAUGUCAUCAGCAGAUUCUUCUAUCUUGUCAGCAAGUUCCAUGUUUGCCCGGAACAUCUACCAGCUUUCAUUCAGACAAAAUGCAUCAGACAAGGAAAUCAUCUGGGUUAUGCGAAUCACAGUAUUUGUGUUUGGAGCUUCUGCCACAGCCAUGGCCUUGCUGACGAAGACUGUGUAUGGGCUCUGGUACCUCAGCUCAGACCUCGUUUACAUCAUCAUCUUCCCGCAGCUGCUCUGUGUGCUCUUCGUCAAGGGAACCAACACAUAUGGGGCUGUGGCAGGUUAUGUGUCUGGCCUUUUCUUGAGAAUAACUGGCGGGGAGCCAUAUCUGUACCUGCAGCCCUUGAUCUUUUAUCCUGGUUAUUACCCUGAUAAGAAUGGCAUAUAUAAUCAGAGAUUCCCAUUUAAAACCCUUUCCAUGGUUACCUCGUUCUUAUCCAACAUUUGCAUCUCCUAUCUAGCCAAAUAUCUAUUUGAGAGUGGAACCUUGCCACCCAAAUUAGAUGUGUUUGAUGCUGUUGUUGCAAGGCACAGUGAAGAAAACAUGGAUAAGACAAUUCUGGUCAAAAAUGAAAAUAUUAAAUUAGAUGAACUUGCACCUGUGAAGCCCCGACAGAGCAUAACUCUCAGCUCAACUUUUACCAAUAAGGAGGCUUUCCUCAACAUUGAUUCAAGUCCAGAAGGGUCUGGGACUGAAGAUAACUCCUAA